AUGAUGAAACGGCGUCGGAUAUUGAGAGGAAAAAUCCCCUUGCCCCAUAUCGAAAAGGUACGUUUCCGAAAAUUUGUGUUGCUGAUUUGAAACCACAAAUAACGUCUGUCUUGCAAGAAGAUAAGCGCAGAGGCUUUCGCGCCAUGAUGGAAGCGAUUUAGCAUGCUGUUGGGCCUAGGGGGCGGCCGUUUUUAAUGCUAAGCUACUAGAUCCAGACGCCCCUACCUAGGCUGAGGGUCUGGCUGCGAUGCCGUAUUGCAAGGCAGCGCGCAUUUGUGUCCGGAAAUCCAGCAUCAGAGACUUCGUCUCGAUAUGGGGAGGGGGGAUUUUUCCUUCUGAUAUCGGAUCAUGAUACAACUAGCUGUUCCGGCGCGACGAGUACUGGUAUUAAAGAAGGAAAAAUUGUCUGCUUCGGAGAACUGGGGGCAUCAGAUCCGGAUAGUAGCGGAAAUGGAUCAUCUUCACGCCAGCAUAAGACCGCAAUCAAAAAUACACAACCGCAGGGCGCUGCCGCAAGUGCUUCUACUUCAAAGGGUCGUGCUGUAGAAGUCGCGGAGUUCUCGUCGGCCGAGGAAGAUAACGAGUCCCCGACAAUGAGAACAAAAACAAAAGGAAACAACAGCUCGAGGGAAGAAGAAAACAAGAAAGCAGGAGUUCUUGUUUCACCGCGGCCCAAGAGGACGUUGCUAGAAGAUGUGACCGACCACGACGACGAGACUGGUGGCUCUUCGAACGGUACUAAGCUCCUGCACAAGAAGAAGAUUAUUGUAACCGGAGAAGAACAAAAGAAGCAUAACACCUCCGUAGAAGGAGCUCAUGCUGGUGACGUAGUACAGCCCGCAUCUACUGCUCCUGUCCCUGCUGAUGCGCUCCUGCAGGAAGGCAUCAUUUCUUCGACAACAACGAAUCGAAUUCAUCUCGCAAUGAAUGAUGCACAUCAUGAUCAAACUGCAUCAACAAGUCAACAGCACCUCCAGCAGCUUGAAAAGAAACCGCAAGAGGAACAAUACCAGCUGCAACUUGCAGACCGCGCAUUUUCAAAACAACAUAAAUCAUCCUCUAGAAGAAGUAGCCAGCCCCUGCUGACGCUCUUUGUUACGGAAGAGGUCGCUCGCCAGCGGCUGGAGGUGGAAGAAUCGCUGAAACAGCAGCGGUAUGCAUUGCAAGAGUAAAUGUAAAUCGUGCUAGUAGAAAUCGCAUGACAAAUUGCAUCCUCAGCGAAAACAUGGGGAUUUGCCUAUGUACAAGAUUUAAGUAGAUUAGUAAUGCAUGACUGCGAUUGCUGGGUAUUAUGGCUAUGGAGUGCGAUAGUACUUUUGCAACGCAUAAGCCGAAAGAAUUGGAGGAAGCGCGGCAGCAGAUUUUGCAGAACCAAAUUGCCUGGCUACUAGACCAGGAACGGCAGUGGAAGAAAAGUAAGCGAAUGAACGGCGCGUCCGAACACGUGUCGACGAGCAAACCAGUGGUAGAAGAUCCUUGCACUCGUAAUUCAUCGUCCAGCAGGAGUUGUAGUUCUACUGGCAAGAAUAUUUCUAGAGCCACUAAAACAUCUACGACUACAAGCAGCAACAUCCAGCCGUACAAGAAGGCACCAGACCACCCAGCAGAACUACGGGACGAGAACAGAAGUAAAGACUACAGAUCGUGGACGAGUUCUGGUGUUGUCGAGGAUAGUAUUAGCAGCAGUCGUCCGUUUAAGCCGGGACGAGGAGCAGACCCCGACGAAGAAGAGCAGCAUGCAGGGGGGCACUACCAGCAGCCAGGGGGUGAUGCAGAAAAUAAAUUCGUUCCCACGGCGAGAACAACCGGAGAGGACAAGAACGGCGGUGAAGAACAUCAUGAUCAAGAGGGCGACGACGAAGACGAGAUUGUCGAGGUAGAGGUUCGCUACCGGCAUUUUCACCACCACUACCACGUCCAUCAUGUCGAGCAAACCGAAAAUAAAAACUUUUCUUGUUCAUCAAACAGCAGAAGUUCGAAAAAUUAUUACGGAGAGAACACAUCAUACGACGCAGCUCAACUGGAGUUACAGGAGAACAAGCGGCGCGUGAAGCGGAUGAUGGAGCACCAACUCUCACCCAUUUUCGAACACACGAAGUUUCUUGUGUUCCAAGAGCAGGAGAAGUCCUCCUCGUCCCGGGACGAGGCUUUGCGAGCAAUUGAAAAUUUGACAGGGGAUGAACCUGCAGAAAGUCGUGAGGAAAAUUACGAUAGCAUUCUGGCCCACGGAGAGGACCCACCUGCUGGAUCCCUUCUGGGAAGAACAUCAAGCGAGGAGGAAAUCAUGACAGGUCGUGGAACUCCGAAACCAAAUAGUACAGCUGCAUCGUCCUCUGCCAGGAACAAGCAGGGGGGAGGGCGUGGUCGCUCGGCUGAGAUGAAUACAGGAGUAGUCGCUGUUACCUCAACGGCCACUAAGGAGCUGAAGUCCACCGCUCAGAUCCUGCACGGCCAAAAGUUGCGUCAGCAGCACAAUUGUACCGGAAAUUAUGGGAUGAAUUUGAUGAACAAAGCGCCGGCGCCAGUGAAGAUAGCGUCCUCUACAGCUGUGUCGGGUUCCUCCUGGAGAAAUGGGGGCACAGCUGCUGCUGACCAACCAAGCGAAGGAGAAGAGAGAGCUGGACCACCGGCCGCUGUAUCUCCUGGGCCGAAAACACGAAUGGACAGUGGGUCCUCCUCUUCCCCGCCUGCCUGCAGUGAUCAUGAGAAUUAUGUUGAUUUCGGGAACAAGAAGUUUCCUUGCACUUCUGCCUCCCGUUCUACUACGAGCGCGCAGUACAACAAGAUAUUGAACAACUUUCAUCAAAACCGGGGGACCACCACUGCGCGAAGAACGCGACCAAACCAUAACCACGCAGGCAAGAACUGCUCCUUCACCAAAAAUGACACACAAGCACACGACGACCUCCACCCCGGCGCGGGGACGACCCUGAACUACUCCAGCCGGCCGCGCUCAAGUCCGCCGAUGGGGAAGAACAGACUGGUCGUCGAUUCCGUGCACCUGCCGCCGGAUCUGAAAAUUCCCAAGAAGGGGUAUUUCAAGUUGAAAAAGUUCCAGGACUUCCUCACCACGCCCACGACCAAGCACCGGCAAAAGCAACUGACAAAGCGGUACCGCGAGCAGGUGGUGCGCCGAAGGAGGUUCGAGGAAAGGUUGAAAUUGCAGUUCCGGAAAGUUUUUGGGGACGACUAUGACUCGUCCAAAUUCUUUCCCACAGCUCGCGAGCUGUUGCAGCAGGAAGAGUAUGGGGAUCUGGAAAAUUGGGCGUCCGCUGAAAAAGAGCUCUACGGCAGACACGAGCAUCGGCACGAACACAAACAUUUAUGCAUUUUUGCAAACAUUAUGUCCUCUGCGUCUGGAAUAAACUUGUAAUGCGGGGGGUUGGAUGAAUAGGAGGACAUCUCAAUCGACGGCCAAUCAUAACAAAUUUUUGAGUUGCUACGUUGUUGCUGAUUCUGCAUGGAGAACUGCUUUUCUGCGUGACAGAAAAAAGGAGCGUUGGGGUCGUAACAUGCAGGACAGACUCGUCACUAAUCAUCGUGGCCGAGCAUGACAAACCUCGGAGUUGUCAUCUUCCAGACCCAGAUAUGUUUGCAUUUGAGAAAUUUUCUACGUCAACGACGGAAGAAUGGCCGGUGCUGGGGGAAAGAGCAGGGGCAUGACAAUGCUCGGGGGGCAAGGACAAGGUUAAAUAAUGGUACGACCAGCACGUCCCAGUUAGACUUGUGUAUGAUCCCUAUCCGCAGGUAGGAGUACUAGCAAUGGAAAGUAAGGAGAGGAAUAGCAGGGACUACUACAGGUCUCCUGUUGCAUGAAGAUCGCCGAAGGUACACUUCAGUAGGUACACGGAAGCGAGAGCAUAGUACUUAUGAAUUUUUUAGUAGAAGGUACUAAAGCAAAAAGUUGUUUGUAGUGGAUCAAGAGAACAACAAACAAGCACGCAUAUAAUACGAAGCGAAAAACAAGUGAGCUGUCAUCUGCCAUCAGUUAAUAUCAAAAGCAUAAUGCUCUACUCGAGUACAAUCCGUUUGUAAAAAAUGCAGGUAGAAACAAGUAACCGACUCGGCUUAAAUUGAGAAACUACAGCGCCUAAAAAAUUUUACAGCUAGCAGCUACGUGAAGAUGAAAUAACAAAAAGCUAUCGGGUCUGAUUUUCAAAAGAAUUGAGCUGUCCAUGUAGAAUAUGAUGUGUUUCAAGUUCAACAAUUAUCGAACCCGGAAGGAGCAAUGAACUCUGCGAUAAAAAUUGCACACUACACUUUUGGCAAUAUUAAACUUGGCUCUACCUCCGAGGAAACAUCAAUCUCCGAGGAAUAAGCAGAGGCCCCUGCUAGAGCUAGAGGGCAUUGCCUCC